AUGAAGCACCUCGCAGCUUACCUCCUCCUCGGCCUCGGUGGCAACACCUCUCCCUCGGCCGCCGACGUCAAGGCCGUCCUCGAGUCUGUCGGUGUUGAGGCUGACAACGACCGUCUCGAGACCCUGAUCUCCGAGCUUGAGGGCAAGGACAUCAACGAGCUCAUCUCUGAGGGUACCUCCAAGCUUGCCUCCGUCCCCUCGGGCGGUGCUGGUGGCGCUCCCGCUGCCGGUGGUGCUGCUGCUGGCGGCGCUGCUGAGGAGAAGAAGGAGGAGGCCAAGGAGGAGGAGAAGGACGAGUCCGACGACGACAUGGGCUUCGGUCUGUUCGACUAA